UGACUAAAAUAAGUUUCCCAAGGCGUAAUAACACUUGUUGCCCAUUUGAAUCCUUUUAAGUAUCUCAUACUCCAUAUUGUUUGAUUGGGUGAUCAUUGUACCCAGAUAUUUUAAUUUUGAUACUUUUUUGAAACUGUAAGACCCUACCUUUAAGAACUCUUCUGCUUGUCUUCCAUCCUGUCGUCUUCUGACUUCCAUAUAUUCUGUUUUCUUCUCAUUAAUUUGCAAGCCCACUCUUUUUCCGCUGUUAUAAGUCUUUCGCAUAGACUUUUCACUGUAUUUAUGUUAUUCCCUAGAAGCACUAUGUCGUCUGCAUAUGCUAAAAGACUUAUUGAUGUUCUAUCCAGUUUCGCCCCUACAUCUGGUGAUAUGUUCACCAUUCUAACUACUUUUUCCAGAAUCAGGAAUCAGAUUAAAAAUAAUUGAGGAUAGUGCAUCACCUUGCCGUAGGCCUGUGUUCACCAGAACCUCUCUCGAUAGUACGUUACCAAUUUUGACUUUUACUAUGGUCUUUUUUAAACUGGCCUUAAUUAGUCCUAUAAGUUUUUGUGGGAUGCGGAAAUGUUCUAAAAUGUUGUAAAUACUUUCCCUAUUAAUACUAUCAUACGCCUUUUUGAAAUCUACAAAGAGUGUAUGCAGUUCUUGAUCAAAUUCCCAAGUUUUCUGAAAUAGUUGUCUUAUAAUAAAUAUUUGGUCUAUUGUGGAUUUAUUUCCUCUGAAACCACUUUGAUAGUCUCCUAUAAUAUUUUCCGCCAAAGGCUUGAUUCUAUCUAGAAUGCAAUACGAUAGAAUUUUAUAAGUCACAUUCACUAAGGCAAUACCUCUAUAGUUGUUACAUUCUUUUUUAUCAUACUUUUUGUGUAUAGGGCAUAUUAAUGCAAUCUCUAGGGAUCUCUUCAGUACUCCAUAUUUUUUCAAAUAGCUUAUGAAUCAUCUCAAUCAUUGUUUCAUCAAUACAUUUUAGAAUUUCGCCUUGAAUACCAUCUUUGUCAGGUGAUUUAUGAUUUCUUAAUCUCUUAAUUUGUGACAUAAUUUCUUGUAACAUAGGCAUUUCACAUCUGCGCAAUUAUUGGGUUGUUCUUGUGUAUAGUCAAAGGUUUCUUCAGGGUCUUCUCCAUUAAGCAACUGUUCAAAAUAUUCUGCCCAUCUUUCCGCUAUUUCCAUCUUUGUUGUUAUCAGCUCUCCAUCCUUAUUUCUUUCCUGUUUCUUGUUUUUUUCCUCGGUAUAAAACAGAUAAAAUCUAAUUUUGGACAACAUGCUGGUUAUGAUUUCCUGGUUUAUGUUUUUACAAUUAUACCUAACCUAUGGUUCCAACAUGUUCUAGCAUAGCUUGUGGUUGUUCGGAAGGAGAGUAUAAUAAAAAUACCUCCCUCCCCCACAAAAAAACAUACAAUUUUAUCAGUUUAAAAAUGGUUUUAGUCUAGUAAAACCCUAACAUAACUGGUGUUGGUUGCUCAAUCCCUAUUGCUGAUUGCUGAUAUACAUUGUACUUGUAAAAUAUUAUUUACUUAGAUGGUGGCACAUGGUGGCUGGACUAUGUUUUGAUUAUUACACCUUUUUUUUAACGUUUAUAUAAUGAAAAUGUAUAUAUCAUGAAAGUACUAUACUACUAUAUUUCUAUACCAUUUCACUAUAAACAUGCAGAAUUUUAGUUGUUAGUGUAUCAUAAAAGAUAAAACUUAAACAGUAAAGAAGCACCGGUUAAUCUCAAUGGGUAGUCUUCAAAUUAUGUACAACUUAACCACCUUUAAGUGGUUCCAUGUUUAACAGCUGAUACUUUGAAAAACAAAUUACUGGAUAAAUACAAAACAAAAUGGAUAAACAGACAUUUUUACAACUAUAUAGUUAUUCUUGAUAAAGGUACUGAAGACAUUGAAGAUGACCCCAAAUUGAUGGAUCUUAAGGUUGCAUUACUUAAAUGGGAUCCAACCCAUGACAAUAGCAAAAAACUAAAAUUUCUUAAAGGUGGUUUUGAAGAUUUUUGUCAUUUAUGUCCUUGGAAAACUACCGAAAAAGAAAUAAUCAAUUCUAGUAACACUGAGCAAUACUCAGAUACUAAACAAGAAUCUUUUUCUACAUACCAAGAAGAUGGAAGUACAAUUGUAUCUUAUCCAUCAUUGGAAAUUGUCCAAAGUAAUUUAAAUCAGAUUCACCUUAAUGAUUCAGAUGAUAAUAAAUUAAAAGAUAAUAGAAAUCUAACAAUGCAGUUUAUUGACAGUAAUAAUAGUGAAGAAAUUAUUGAGCCUUAUGAACCGAGUGAAGGCUUAAUAGAGCCACCCACAUUUGACAGAUCAACCAAGCCACUAAAUAAACAUACAUUUUCUAAUCCAGAAAUUAAAUCUUUAUAUUACAAUAAUAAUAAUAAUAAUGAUGAUGAACUAGAUGUUGAUGAUGAUAAUAAGGACAAAAUACCGUAUAACAUUGAGCAACUAGAGAACAGACAAUUGUCACUCAAUCAUAACAAUAUGGACAAUUCUGAAUCAUUGUUAGAUGAGUUGGGUUACCAAAACCUAGAAAAUAAUCCAUGUAUAAUUCCACAUGUAGAUCGAUCUACUAAACCAUUAGAUGAAUUACAAACUAUUUCUAACUCUAAAAUUAUAGGAGGAGAUGGAUUAAGAGGAUUACAAAAUUUAGGUAACACUUGUUAUAUGAAUUCUAUACUACAAUGCUUAAGUAGUACCGAAGAUCUAGCGAAAUAUUUUAUUAAUCAUUUUGAUAAAUUUAUCAACCAUAAAAGUAGAACACAAGGUUUUGUAGCCAAAGAAUUUAGAAAUGUUAUUGUAAAUUUGUGGUCACAAUCUAGUAGAAGUUUUCAAUGUCAAACUUUUAAGAAUACAAUCGGGCAGUACAAGGAUAUGUUCAAACAUUACGAUCAACAAGAUUCACAUGAGUUUUUAACUAUUCUUUUAGACUGGCUUCAUGAUGAUUUAAAUAAGCCAAAGAAUAAUACAAUAAUUUUGGGUGCUUCAAAAGAAACUGGUGAAGAAGAUUGGGGACAAUGGACUAACAUCAAUAAUUCAAUAAUCCAAAGCCUCUUCUAUGGACAGCAAAAAUCAUCAGUAUCUUGUGACACUUGUUCUGAAAAGUCUACAACUUUUGAACCGUUUUCUAGUCUCAGCUUACCUUUACCAUCUGAAGGCAACAAAUGCACACUUUCAGACUGCCUAAAACUAUAUUUAAAUGGCGAAUCAAUAAGUGGUUGGCAUUGUCCAAAAUGUAAACGCAGUAGAGAUGCUACAAAAAAAUUAGAUAUUAUGAGAUUACCACCAUACUUAAUAAUACAUUUAAAAAGAUUUUCAAGUAGUGGAUAUAAGAAAAAUACAUAUGUAGAAUUUCCCAAAACUGACUUGGAUAUGACUGAUUUUAUCAAUGGUACAGAACAUCGUAAUUGGAAGUAUUAUUUAUAUGGUGUAUCAAACCAUUCAGGAUCAUUAGAUGGAGGUCAUUACACAGCAUACUGUCUAAAAACAUCAAUAAACAAGUGGUAUAAAUUUGAUGAUGUAAGAGUUUAUGAUAUCAGUUCGUCAAUGGUUUGUUCAUCUGAGUCGUACAUUUUAUUUUAUUGUCGAAAAAGCCUUUAAAAUUGAUUAAUUCAGCUGUUUUGACAUGUAUAAUUUGUUUUUUUUUUUAACAGAAAUUUUCUUACAAUUUUAAAA